UACAGCGUCACUUUGUUUACAUAACUAUGACGUAAUAAUGGUUCACUUUAUGAAUAGAUAUUUAUGACCAGAAAGGAUUAACACCAGAAAGGAUUAAUGAAUUAUGGUCCACUUUAUGAAUAGAGAAAUGAUACCAUAAAGGAUUAACACCAGAGAAGAUUAAUGAAUUAUGGUUAACUUUAUGAAUAGAGAAAUAGUACGAAAAAAGAUUAAACAUCACCAUAAAGGAUUUAUUUACGAUGAAAGUAUACCAAAUAUAAUAAUUGUACAAAAACAAUAAAAGGGGGUUAAUUAAAAACCUGUAUAUAAAUACGUAUCAAUUUGUUCCCUUUUCAUUUCAAAAAACAUAGCGAAAAAUGCCAUAAAUUACAGCUGAUGUCAAGACUGUUCUACUUAUAACAAGGAAUAUGGACAUGGAUUGGACCUCAGAUUUAAAAGAAAUUAUAGAUAGUUUUGAAACCAGUCAAGAUUUAGAAGAGUUCUCAGUUUUAUGGGAUAUGGAAUCCGACCCAUAUAUACAACAAAGAUUAAUAGAACUAAAAUGGCAAGAGCUUCAAAAUGAAAUGGAUUUGCAACCUGUAGGACUCUUUCAAAACUCUACUCCAAAACAAAAUGGCGGUGCUACGGAACCGAUUGGUUUUACUAUAAGCAAAGUUAGCGAAAAACAAUUCAAGAAGAGCCGUGCCAUAGAUAGGCAUUACAAAGUACAAAUCGAUCAGAAUGCCUUACAGGGAAAGAAAGUGAAUGAAUUACAUAAUGAACUUCACGACUUAUUUGACAGAGCACUAGCGGAAGUGAAACAAAACAUGCAAGGCAACGACCUAGGGCGUGUAGUCAUCCACCACCCGUCUCUUAACCACGAAAUUGUCGUGCCUUUACAACAGCUGGAUCAAUUAGAUGCAAAUACAGUUAUGGAAACUGUGGAAAAUGUACUUUCGUCCAACGAAAAUGUACCAAUGGACAGCGACUUCAACAUCUCCGUCGGAACAAUUGAGGUUCCUAAAGGGGCUGGAAAAAGGAAACACGUCACUGAUAUCCAAAGCACCAACAACUCUUUAAUGAAGAAACAUUCUAUCGGUUACAUCAACAAUCCUAACGACAAGUUAUGUUUGCAACGCAGCAUCGCCUAUGCCUGGGCCAAAAUUAACCAAGUUGAUAGAAGAGAGUGGCAUGAAUUAACGUCAGAAACACCUGAUGAUACCAUACUCGUCAAUAUACUUCGACAUAAAAAAGUACCAUCACACUACUACAGCAACAUUAAAGCUCAUAACAGGAAAGAACAACUUCAUCUGGCUGUCGCUCUCAGUAAUCUAGCCGGUGUUUCUACAGAAAGACCAAGCUCAAUACAAGAUAUUGAACAAUUUGAACUUGCUCUGGACAUUUCUGUAGCAGUGAUUUCGUCCAAAUGCGGAAAUAAAUUUAUACGUGUUCCAAGAAAUACAGAUAAAAAUCAACGCAUCUAUUUAUACUUGGUUGAAAACGAUGAUGAACAACAUUGGUACCCCAUUCUAUCCCCUAGUGGAUUUUUCAGCACAUCUUAUUUCUGUGAGACAUGUUUUGUACCCUAUUCAACAAAAGGGAAACAUGUAUGUACCAGUACUUGUUUAAUAUGUAAACAUGACAAUUGCCUUAAAACUGACCAGGAGCUCAGUUGCAAGAAGUGUCAUAUGACUUGUAGAUCCUUGGAAUGUUUUUUGAGACAUCAAACUUCAAAAACGAUUACAAAAAACAAUAAAAAGAUUAAACUAUUAUCAGAAUGUGAAAAGUAUUGGAAGUGUACCGACUGUAAAAAGGUGUUACGACUUGAAAGUGGAGAUGAAAAAAGGGACCAUAAAUGCGGUGAUUACAAAUGUCCAUCCUGCUCCACCAUAGUGCAACCAGGUCAUUUAUGCUAUCAGCGUGCAAUAAAAUCAAAUGAAAACAAGCGGAAAUUCAUAUUUUUCGACAUUGAAACAACCCAAAACACAAAAGUAUCUAUAUGUAUGAAUGGUGAACACACAGACUCUUGUUUAUGUGAUAAAUAUGAACAUGUUCCAAAUCUAAUUGUUGCACAAAAAGCGUGUGAAUCCUGUAUGAACCAUGAAAUGGACAAUGAGGCAAAAUGCAAAAAGUGCGGCUCCAUCUGUAAACGGUGUUCCGAUUUACAUGCGACUGGAGGAAAACCAGUCUUUAACUGUAAAGAUUGUUACCUGCGUCAACACAUUUUCUACGGUGACACAACCUGCUUUGAUUUCUGUCAAUGGCUUUUUACACAAGGAAACAGUGAUACAACAGUUAUUAGUCAUAAUGGGCGUGGAUUCGAUCAUUUCCCCAUUUUGAAAUAUUUAGUAGAUCAAAGUAUUGUUCCGCAAACAAUAUUCACCGGAAGCAAAUGUAUGUAUAUGCACAUCGCAAGAUCACUGAACAUUCGUUUUGUGGACAGUCUUAGCUUUUUACCGAUGAAACUCGCUGAUUUGCCUAGCUGCUUUGGACUAGAUGAAUUAAAAUUUAAAAAAGGUUAUUGGCCUCACUAUUUCAAUACUAAAGAAAAUGAAAACUAUGUUGGUGUGUAUCCGUCAGCUGAAUAUUAUGGUUACAAUAGUAUGUCUGCACGAGACAGACAGACCUUUUUAGAAUGGCACUCUGAGCAAACAAGAAAAGGGAACAUAUUUAACUUUAAAAAGGAAUUAAUAGAAUACUGUAUAAGUGAUGUAGACAUACUAAGACAAGCUUGUUUGAGCUUUUGGAUGUUGAUGAAAAGUUGCACCGGUGAAUACGAAGAACAAUUCAACCCUAAAAAAAUGUGUAUGGAACAAAAACUUAUGCGUUAUGUAAUCCAUUUAAAAAAUGUCACUAUUGCUGAAAACGUGUGCAAAAAUAUAUAG